AUGGUGGGCAGACGAUUAGGUCAUUUUCCGAUAAAUGGUAUACCUUAUCCCGCACAAAGUGGUAUACCUCAUCCUACAUCAAAUGACAUACCUCAUCCCGCACCAAAUGGUAUACCUCAUCCCGCACCAAAUGGUAUACCGCAUUCUACACCAAAUGAUAUUUCUCAUCCCACACCAUAUAGUAUACCUCAUCCUGCACCAAAUGGUAUAACUUCUCCCACACCAAAUGGUAUAUCUCAUCCCUCACCAAAUGGUAUAUCUCAUCCCACACCAAAUGGUAUACUUCAUCCUGUAAUAAGUGGUAUACCUCAUCCUGUACCAAAUGGUAUACCUCAUCCUGUACUAAAAGGUUUACUUCAUCCUGUACCAAAUGGCAUACCUCAUCCCGCACCAAAUGGUAUAUCUCAUCCCACACCAAAUGGUAUACCUCAUCCCACAACAAAUGGUAUACUUCAUUCUGUACCAAAUGGUAUACCUCAUCCCACACCAAAUGGUAUACCUCAUCCUACACCAAAUGGUAUACCUAAUCCCGCACCAAAUGGUAUACCUCAUCCCACACCAAAUGGUAUACUUCAUCCCACACAAAAUGAUAUUCCUCAUCUCAGACCAAAUGGUAUACCUCAUUCCAUGCCAAAUGGUAUACCUAAUCCUGCACCAAAUGGUAUACCUCAUCCCGUACCAGAUGACAUACCUCAUCACAUACCAAAUGGUAAACCUUAUCCUUUAAUAUAUGGUAUACCUCAUGCUGUACUAAAUGGUAUACCUCAUCCCCCAAUAAAUGGUAUACCUCAUCCCCCAAUAAAUGAUAUACCUCAUCCUGUACCAAAUAGUAUACCUCAUCCCCCAAUAAAUGGUAUACCUCAUCCUGUACCAAAUGGUAUACCUCAUCCUGUACCAAAUGGUAUACCUCUUCCUGUACCAAAUGGUAUACCUCAUCCCACACCAAAUGAUAUACCUCAUCCUGUACCAUAUGUUUACCUCAUCCUGUACCAAAUGGUACACCUCAUCAUGUACCAAAAGGUAUACCUCAUCCUGUACAAAAUGGUAUACCUCAUCCCGCACCAAAUGGUAUACCUCAUCCCACACUAA